AUGUGGGCCCGUCUGAGCGGAGUUCUGGUGUUGCUGGUCCUGGUGGCAGCUGGGCAGACCGAGGCCGCCUGCGACUGCACAGAUACAACUUGUCUCCAGCAUUUAACUCUGGCCUCCAACAACAUCAUCAGGUUCACGUCUGGUGCAGUCUCAAACCUGCCCCAGCUUCAAACUCUCAUGCUGACCAACAACAGGAUCAGUUUCAUCUUGGCUAGUGUACCUCUCCAAACUCUGACCCUGUCCAGCAAUGAAAUUAGUUACAUCUAUUCUGGUGCAUUCACAAAUCCCCAGCUCCAAACUCUGACCCUGUCCAACAAUGAAAUUGAUUACAUUAACAAUGGUGCUUUCUCAAAUAUAACCCAGCUCCAAAAUCUGAUCCUGUCCAGCAAUGAGAUUACCUACAUCGAGUCGGAUGCAUUCUCAAAUCUGACCCAGCUCCAAAAUAUGAUCCUCACCAUGAACAAGAUCAGUUACAUAAAUUCUGGUGCAUUUGCAAAUCUGCCCCAGGUCAAAAGUCUUAUCCUGUCAGUCAAUGAGAUUACUUAUAUCGAAACUGAAGUAUUCGCAGAUCUGCCACAACUUCAAAAUCUGACCCUGUCUGAAAAUGAGAUCAGCUUCAUUAAUCCUGCUGCAUUUGCAAAUCUGCUCCAGCUCCAAAAUCUGUUCCUCACGAGCAAUAAUAUCACUUACAUCAAUCCUGGUGCAUUUGCAAAUUUAACCCAACUCCAACAGUUGAAUGUACGCUCCAACCGGAUAACUUUCAUUGAACCGGGUGCAUUUGCAAAUCUGCCCACUAAGCUCCAAUGUAAAGGUCGUAACAUUAAGACAGGACCACUGAGGCUGAAAGAUAUCAAGUCUGGUACCUUCAUCUGUACAGAUACUGAUGCAAGCACUGCUAGCACCUUCCAUGCCCCAAUGUUUCUGUUAUCAGUUGCAUUACUGCUCAAAUUUCUGCUGAUGUGA